GGCGGAGUCUCCAACGGGAAGAGCUGCAGCUGCGGAGCGGAGGAGAACGCCGAGGCCAGUCGGACCGACGGACACGCUGACCGCCGCCAACUGCAGCUAGCGCUGCCUCCUGCUAGCGCCCUGCCACUAAGGUCACUCCCGCCUCCCAGAGCCUAGAGCCGAGAUGGAAGCGGUCCAGGAGCUGAUCCCCCUGGCCAAGGAGAUGAUGGCCCAGAAGCGCAAGGGGAAGAUGGUGAAGCUGUACGUGCUGGGCAGCGUGCUGGCCCUCUUCGGCGUGGUACUCGGCCUGAUGGAGACUGUGUGCAGCCCCUUCACGGCCGCCAGCCGUCUGCGGGACCAGGAGGCAGCCGUGGCGGAGCUGCAGGCCACCCUGGAGCGACAGGCUCUCCAGAAGCAAGCCCUGCAGGAGAAAGGCAAGCAGCAGGACACCGUCCUCGGUGGCCGGGCCCUUUCCAACCGGCCGCACGCCUCGUAGGAACUGUGGGAGACCAGCGGAGUGGGAGGGAGAGGCAGCAGACAGAGACAAACAGACCGAAAGAGGGAGAGACAGAGGGGUCGCGCGCACAGGAGCCUGACUCCGCUGGGAGAGUGCAGGAGCACGUGCUGUUUUUUUAUCUGGACUUAACUUCAGAGAAACCACUGACAUCUAGAACUGACCUACCACGAGCAUCCACCAAAAGGAGUUUGGGAUUGAGUUUUGCUGCUGUGCAGCACUGCAUUGUCAUGACGCGUCCACUACUGUGUCAAUUAUCUAAAUACGUCUACCAUUUUGCACUAGGGAGGAAGGAUAAAUGCUUUUUAUAUUAUUAUUAUUAAUUAUUACAAUGAC